AUGGAAGACGAAGCUGGGUUAGUUUCACAGAGAUCGGUAAAGGGAUUUCAGAUCAGAAAGGUUGCAGAAGGAAAUCGAAGUUACUUGACUCAAGAAGAAGAAUCAGAGGUUGAUUCAAAGGUAGAGGCUUCAAGGUUUGGUUGCAGAGACGUCUGA